AUGGCAGGCCAAGCACCAGCACCCGCGCUAUACAAGAACAUCAUCAUUUCAGGCGGUGCACGAGGCAUCGGUCGAGCAUUGACUCGGAUGAUGCUCGAAGCUGGCCACCACGCCUACAUCUUCGACAUCGAUGAAGACGAGCUCGAACACACCACCAAAGUCCACCUCAAGCAGUACUACGCCGAUGGUAGGCUUGGUUCGGCGAUCUGCGACCUUCGCGACGUCGAAGACAUCCGUGCCAAAGUCAAAGAGGCGGCCAAGUUCUUCAACGACCGCAUUGAUGUGUUGAUCAACAAUGGCGGAAUCGCGUCUCCGCAGUGGAAGGAUGGCAAGACCAUGGAGGACCUCUCGACCAUUGAUGAGUGGAAAGCGUACAUCGACACCAACCUCACUGGUCCCUUCGCCAUGUCACAAGCUUGUAUCCCCUACAUGAAAGCCCGAGCAUCUGAUGUUGAACACGGCGCACACAUCCAGAACGCCAACAACUCCAGUCCUGCAGGCCCAUGCAUCAUCCACAUCGGCUCCUUCCGUGCACAUCAGUCUGACCCGAACCAGGAAGGCUAUGCUUCAAGUAAAUCAGGUCAGCUUGGUUUGAUGCACUCCAUGGCAAUCAGCCUGGGUAGCCUGGGCAUUCGAGUCAACCUUAUCGCCCCCGGACGCAUCAAGGUCGCACACGAGAGCAAGGAAGGCGAUGAGAACGGGGCUGACUGGGCAGGCCAGAUUAGUGAGAAGGACGUCUCUGACCACCCGACCAACAGGGCUGGAAGGCCGAAGGAUAUCGCUGAUGCUGCGUUGUACCUCAUCGAGGCAGGCUUCGUGACCGGUCAGGACAUUACUGUUGAUGCCUCAUGCUACCUUACGCAACCGCCGAACCCUGAACUCCUCGAGCCCAAGAACAAACAUACAAAGCCUCCUGCGGAGUUCAAUAGAACCGAGUUCUUGAGAACAAAAGACAUGUCGUGCAGCGUUGAGGUCGUCACAACGCCUACGGCCGAUACGCCGGGAACAACGCUCGUGCUGCGGACGGCAAGCAAGCACUAUGUUUUCGGCAACCUGGCAGAGGGCACCCAGCGGGCGAUGGUGCAGCAGGGCACACGUCUGCUGAAGGCGCAAGAUUUCUUCAUGACAGGCAGGACAGAGUGGAAGAACAUGGGUGGAUUGAUUGGCAUGAUGCUCACAUUGGCCGACUCGACCACCAGCUCUUACACCACCGCCAUGGAUACCUUUCGUCUGGCUCAAGAGCGGGGAAAGAAAGGCGAAGCACCCGCGAAGCCGCACUUCGACAUAUACGGACCCCCGAAUCUGAAACAUACACUAGCAACGUGUCGGAGGUUCAUAUUCAGAAAGGGCAUACCCAUCAAUGCGACCGAGUACGUGAAACAGUCACCCGAGAAGGACGGCAAUGGUGCUAUAGUUCCGACGUGGGAGGACGAGAACAUCAAAGUUUGGGCUCUCUCAGUAGCGCCUGUCAACUCUGAAGUCGAUGCGCAAGCGGAGGCUGAUUUGGAGACGCGGCGACGGAACUUCGAUGAACACGAGAAUACGUUUGACGGACUCCAGGCUCCCGAAAAUGAGAGCCCGGAAGACCGCGAGUUGAGGUACGACCGGAUACGGACAGCGACCAUCAAGUUCAUGUUCGAUUCGAAUUGGAAGAUGGAUACACUGGCAGAACGCCAUAUUUCUGAGGUACAAAUGCCUGCUGCCAUGUUCGUUCGUAACCCCGAUACACACGGCUUCUCGACCUACCAAGGUCCAAAGCCAGGGGGCAAAGAGCCUCUUCCUGACAUUAAAGUCUGGACCCGGACGCCGUGGCCUGGCGCUAUGAUUCUAGCGCUACCACCGACUAGGCCAGCACCAGAGUGUGUUUCCUACAUCGUGCGAUCGCAUUCAGCUCGUGGUCAGUUCGACGUCGCACGCGCGAAAGCGCUAGGUGUCAAACCAGGACCGGAUUUCGGAAAGCUCACCAAUGGCAUAUCGGUACCGAACGCGGAGGGCGAGAUGAUUACCCCAGAUCAGGUCAUGGGCGCUGAUAGGCCCGGUCAGGGCAUCGCCAUCUUGGACAUCCCCUCAGUUGCAUACAUUGAGAGCACUCUUCAACGAGAAGAGCUUAGCUCUCCAGAGGUUAUGACUGACAUUCGAGCUAUCGUUUGGAUGCUUGGUCCCGGCGUCGUAGGUCACCCGGAUCUACUCAAUUUCAUGAACAAGAUGGACAACGUAGAACACGUAAUAUCGUCUCUAGAUACUGCGCCGAAUCGCAUCGCAAACGACUCGGUAGCAGGACAAGCUACGCGACUUGGGCAGAUUGAUCCUUCAAGAUAUCGCACACCCGUUUUCGACAACACUACUGUACCGCAGACAAGUAUAUACAGGACUGGCAUGUCGACAGCGUCGUCGUUGCCCUCCGGAGCCAUCCGCGCUGACCGAGGUUUUGGCUUUAAUCUCAUGCCACAGUUUGCCACAAAGAAAAACACCAUAUCUAGUCACUUCGUGCCCAAUGAGGUGGAGCUUACAACCCCACCUGAGGUUCUCGAGUUGGCUCAGAAAGCUCAAGCCGAGGUCAAAAGCAAAAGCAGAGAGAUGCAGAUAUGGGGUAAGCUACUAGCGCGUCGUGACACUGAGGUAACGACACUCGGAACAGGUUCUGCCCUACCGUCCAAGUACCGUAAUGUAUCUUCCACAUUGGUGCGUGUUCCUGGCAUCGGCAACUACCUCUUGGAUUGCGGAGAGAACACGUUGGGUCAGCUUUCAAGGGUCUUUCCCCACGAAGAGCUUGUCGAUAUCUUCAAGAAUCUGCGUAUGAUCUGGAUCAGUCACUUGCAUGCCGAUCACCACCUAGGCACAGCAGCAGUGAUUCGUGCUUGGUAUCAAGUAGCACACAAUGCUGUUCCAAACUCCCAGCCCCUGGACCCUUCCGCGAGCAACAUAGACCCUAGCGCAUACGGUCUUGCCGUCAUAUCUCACAGCGGUAUGCUCCAAUGGCUUAACGAAUACUCAGCCAUCGAGGACUUUGGCUACAGUCGAAUUCUUCCUCUUCAGAUCACUCCCAACGAAUACAAGAAUGGCUCAAGGUUGUCUAUACUGAACUCGUUCGGAAAGACACUAUCUGAGAAUGCAGCCAUACCGAAAGAACAGUAUGAGAAACUAUUUGGCUUCAACGAAAUACAAGCUUCCAGAGUUGCGCAUUGCCACGGUGCCAUGGCUGUUUCGAUCACAUUCCCACGUGACCCAGCAGACCUUGAACAAAUCAAGCCACUCAAGGUCAGCUACUCAGGCGAUUGCAGACCAAGCGGCCACUUCGCCAAGAUCGGAGUAGACACCACAGUCCUCAUCCACGAAGCGACUUUCGAUGACGAGCUACAAGGCGACGCAAAGGCCAAGAAACACUCCACCACUUCCGAAGCACUCGGUAUCGGCGCGGCGAUGAACGCGAAAUCAGUAGUCCUCACGCAUUUCAGCCAGCGCUACCAGAAAAUCCCCGUCCUGCAAACCGUCACGGAUGGCGAGGAAGCAGACCCACUUCUCAACCCCCAAGAAGUCGCCGAAGACGUGCCCAUGGAAGACGACGACGCCGAAGUCGACCCCACAACCGAAAACGCAGACAACAUGGACAUGCACCCCAGCAUCCCCUCUUCUACAGCCCCUGCCCCGGGCCCAGCAAAACCCAUACCCUCCCUCCCUAAGGAAACUUCGUCCUCGCUCCAGGAAAACGCCCGCGUCAUCAAGGUGCGCAACAAGGAUAUGAAGGUCGCUAUUGCAUUCGACUACAUGCGCGUCAAGAUUGGCGAGAUAUGCGAGAUGGAGAACUUUAAUGAUGCGCUCAAUGAGUUGCUCGUCAAGGAUGAGGAUGCGGAUGCUGCGUUGGAGCCGGCUGCGAAUGGAAAGGGGAAUGGGAAGAGGGCGAGUGAGGAUGAUGGGGAGGGGAAGGGGGGGAAAGGGAAGAAGGCGAAGAAGGGGAAGGAGAAGAGUAAGAGGAAUAACUGA